AUGUCGGACGACAUUGAGGACGCCGAUGAAGAUGACUUCAAGACAUCGAUCAAAUUUGGCAAGAAGAGGUCUGCGUCGGGCCCCAGCCGCUCGAAGCAGCGAAUUGAAGACGAGGACGAUUCGGACAGCGAGCUCAGCUACAUUGAAGACGAGGCCGAGGACUUGCUCGCCAAGCCUCGCGCCAAGGGCCGUCAGCGACGAGCCCCACGCAAGUCGGCUGCAAGCUUGCAAGACCGUGAAUUUGACGGCGACGACGACUAUGAAGACUCGGAGGACUCGGAGGACGAGGACUUUGUGGGCGCAUCCACCUCUGCCAAUCCCUCUAGCGCUCGUGGCCUCCACGGCGAGGACAUCAGGUACGAGACAUUCAAGCAGCGCCAAGCUCGACUGAAAUCCGAGAGGCACCUCGCUCGACGCAAGAAGGUGCCAAAGCUCACGCCCUACCAGAAGACGGUGCAGUCGCUCGGCAAGCACCACCCCGAGCUCGUUGGUCUCUGGGAUGAUCUCAAACAGACCUCUGGCGCACCAAAGAAUGUCGCUACCGUCCAGCCCAACGGCCUCAAAGCCACGCUGCUUCCCUUCCAGCUCGAAGGACUCAACUGGUUGCUCGAGCAGGAGAAAGGACCAUGGUCUGGAGGUGUCCUCGCCGACGAGAUGGGCAUGGGCAAGACGAUCCAGAUGAUUUCGCUCUUUCUCUCCAACCGCGACAAGCCCACUCUCGUAGUUGCACCCGUCGUUGCCAUCAUGCAGUGGCGCAACGAAAUUGCCAAGUACACGGAUGGCUUCAAGGUCCUCGUUUGGCACGGCGCUUCGCGCGAGGUCGACGCCAAGAAGCUCGCCCAGCACGACGUCGUUCUCACGAGCUACUCGGUGAUGGAGGCAUCUUUCCGCAAGCAAGAGAUCGGCUUCAAGCGCAAGAAGGAGCUCGUCAAGGAGAAGUCAGCCCUGCACGCCGUGCAGUGGCACCGUGUGGUCCUGGACGAGGCGCACAAUAUCAAGGAUCGCGCCACGAACACCGCCAAAGCUGCGUUUGAGCUCAGCAGCACCUAUCGCUGGUGCCUCAGUGGGACGCCCCUCAUGAACCGAGUGGGAGAGCUCUACUCAAUGAUUCGCUUCUUGAAUGGCGAUCCCUAUGGCUACUACUAUUGCAAGCAAUGCCCUUGCAAGAGCCUUCACUGGCAGUUCAGCGAUCGCCGCUCGUGCGACAAGUGCGGCCACACACCCAUGCAUCACGUCUGCUUCUGGAACAUCUCCGUCCUUCGUCCCAUCCAGCGCGAUGGCACCAGUGUCGGAGAGGGAGGUGAGGCCUUCCGCCGCCUGCGCAUUCUCCUCGACCGCAUGAUGCUGCGCCGCACCAAGCUUGAGCGCGCAGAUGACAUGGGCUUGCCCCCUCGCACCGUCGUGGUGCGCAAGGACUACUUCAACGAGGAGGAGGAGGACCUUUACGACUCGCUCUACAACGAUGGCGCACGCAAGUUCUCGACCUUUGUCAGCCAGGGCACGAUCCUCAACAACUACUCGAACAUCUUCACGCUCAUCACGCGCAUGCGUCAGCUCUCAUGCCACCCUGACCUCGUGCUGCGCUCCAAGACGGGAGUUGCCAAAAAGCUGCUGGGUGAUGCGUCGAAUGACACCAUCAAUCUCUGCCGCAUCUGCGCUGAGGAGGCCACAGAGCCCAUCGUCUCCAAGUGCAAGCACGUCUUUUGCCGCGAAUGCGUGCGCCAGUACCUCGAGUCUGCAUCGGAGGAGGUUCCCGUCCCCGACUGCCCCUACUGCCACGCCAAUCUAAGCAUCAACCUCGACCAGGAGGCCCUCGAGGACGCGAGGCCCGAGGAGACGAGGCAGGGCAUUCUCGGCAGGCUUGACGUCGCCAACUGGAGGAGCUCCACGAAGAUCGAAGCCCUCGUCGAGGAGCUCAACAAGGUCCGCCGCGACGACUCAACGAUCAAGAGCAUCGUCUUUUCGCAGUUCACGUCCUUCCUGGACCUCAUCGCCUUCCGACUUCAACGCGCCGGCUUCACCAUUGCCAGGCUCGAGGGCAGCAUGACCCCGGAGGCACGCGACCGCACUGUGCGCUACUUCUCUGACAAUCCCUCCGUCACCGUCUUUCUCGUCUCGCUCAAGGCCGGAGGUGUCGCCCUCAACUUGACCGAGGCUAGCCGUGUCUUUGUCAUGGACCCCUGGUGGAACGCAGCCUCCAUUGGCCAAGCCGCAGACCGUAUUCACCGCCUUGGGCAGACGAGGCCCAUCAUCAUCACCAAUCUCAUCAUCGAAAACUCCAUCGAAUCGCGAGUCGCUGAGCUUUCAGCGAAGAAAAUGGCGAUGGUCAACGCUACUCUGUCGAACGACGACGCUGCGAGCCAGCGCCUGACCGUCGCAGACCUGCAGUUCCUAUUCCGCAUGUGA